AUGGCGACGGUUCACGUUCUUGAUGACUACUAUCUGGCCAUCACGGCGCUCAUCACAGUGGCAUAUCAACUGUUCUUCUUUUCCAUAGCCUUCAGCUUCAAGUUCGACAAGCUCACCGAAACGCACAAGAUUAACAACGGCCCAGAUUUCGCCGGCGGCACAAACUUUGUGGUCCUCGCCAUCAUCACCCUCUCCCUCAGCGGCCAUGCCCAUGCGCGUCAGGUUGUCGCCUCCGUCUUCAUCAUGCUCUGGGGCGCCCGCCUCUCAGCCUUCCUCCUUUUCCGCAUCCUCAAGACGGGCAAGGACGACCGUUUCGACGAUAAGCGCGACAAGUUCUUCCCCUUCCUCGGCUUCUGGGUCUUCCAGAUGAUCUGGGUCUGGACCGUCUCGCUGCCCGUCACCAUCCUCAACUCGCCCAACGUCACACGAUACCCGCAGCACGCCUUCGGUACGGGUCGUGACGUGGUCGGCGUCCUCUUCUUCGUCGUCGGCUUUGUCAUGGAGUCCGUCAGCGAUGCCCAGAAGUACCGCUUCCGCAGGGACAACCCGAGCCGUGAGGCCAUCUGCGACAAGGGCUUCUUCAAAGUCUCGAGGCACCCCAACUACUUUGGCGAGAUCAUUAUUCAGUUCGGCAUCUACAUGAUCGCCGUCUCCUCCGCCGCGGAUGGCUACGUCGGCGGGCAGGCCUUCAAGGCCCUCUACGCCACCAUCCUUGGCCCCUUCUUUCUGACACUGCUGCUCAUGUUCGUCUCGGGCCUGACCCUGCAGGAGCGACCCGGCGCCAAGAAGCGAUAUGAGAACGGCCAGAACUGGGAGGGCUACCGCCGCUACCUUGAGCGCACCAGCAUCCUGAUCCCCUUCCCGCCGCAGCUGUACUCUCGUGUGCCGACGGUCCUAAAGCGCACCGUCUUCCUCGAAUUCCCCAUGUACGUCUUCGACCCGGCGAAGCACUCCGACGCCUGUGCGCGCGCCGAAGAGGGCCACCAGCACGAAUCCGUUGCCACGCCGGCAAAAGGGAUUGGGAGGCCGAGCGGCGACGAGCCGCUUGUUGGGCAGCACUCGUGA